UUAAUAUUUUUUUCCUUCUAAAUUGUUAGGGGCCACAGACCAGAGGAAGAUGGAGCGCUUCUCUUACAGUGUGAUUUUGAUCAUGGCCUUUUCCAGAGCACUUGAACUGGGAUUAGUCGCUGGAUUGGGCGGCCUUGAACUUGCCUGUCUGUCACAGGGAGAGCUGGCCUUCAGAGAUGAUGGCCUUUGGUCCCAAGAGGAGCCUGCAAUUCGUCACCAGCCUUCCCAGUUUGUAGCAUCCAUGGGAAUCCAAAAGAGUAAGGAGCUGAACAGAACCUGCUGUUUGAAUGGGGGAACCUGCAUGCUGGGGUCCUUUUGUGCCUGCCCUCCCUCUUUCUAUGGACGCAACUGUGAGCAUGACUCUCGCAAAGAGAACUGUGGGUCUGUGCCCCAUGACACCUGGCUGCCCAGGAAGUGUUCCAUGUGUAAAUGCUGGCAUGGCCAGCUUCGCUGCUUUCCUCAGUCAUUCCUACCCGGUUGUGAUGGCCAUGUGAUGGAUGAGCACCUCACAGCUUCCAGGACUCCAGAAUUAACACUGUCUGCAUGUGCUCUUAUGCUACCUGGCAUCUGCCUUGCUAUACAAAGUUAUUAUUAA